UCGCCGCCGCUGAGCCACUGCACACGUGCAGAUAGCACCUGCUAUGUGCGUAGUGUGAUUGGGUGUGGCGGAUCGAGUGGAGCUGCCGCAGCCCUAACGCGGCGCGGAUCAAUGUCCGACCACGGCGGACCGGCCUCGCCGCGGACGGGGAAGCACCCCUACUACCGCGGCAUCCGCAGCCGCAGCGGCAAGUGGGUGUCGGAGAUCCGGGAGCCGAGGAAGACGCGCCGCAUCUGGCUCGGCACCUUCCCGACGGCCGAGAUGGCCGCCGUGGCCUACGACGUGGCCGCGCGCGCGCUGCGCGGGCCCGACACGGUGGUCAACUUCCCGGACCUGGCCGCGUCGCGCCCCGCGCCCGCGUCCACCUCCGCGGACGACAUCCGCGCCGCCGCCGCGGAGGCCGCCGCGGCGCUGCAGGAGCCCGAUCGCCGGCGGGCCCGCGGCAUUGCCCCCGCGGCGGCCGGUGGAGACGCGCAGCAGCAGCAGACGGCCGGCGGGAGCAGUGGCGCGGCGCCGCAGCAGGAAGGCGGUGGCAGCGGCGCGGGGAGCCACUACUUCCUGGACGACGAGGCGCUCUUCGAGACGCCGCAGUACCUGCGCAACAUGGCCGCCGGGAUGAUGAUGAGCCCCCCGAGGCUCGGCCACAACUCCUCCGACGACUCGCCGGACCCGUCGGAGGCCGGGGAUAGCCUCUGGAGCUACCGUGAUCCGUAGAUUGAUGCCGGUAAUGGCGAAUUGGCGAUGGCAGUAAUAAUGGAUGUGGUAAGGAAACUAAUAAGCUCCACUAACACUAAUGGAUGUGGUAAGGAAACUAAUAAGCUCCACUAACCUGGAAGCUGGGAAGAAUGACGUGGAAGCCCGGCCGGAAGAUGCAGUGUAUCUUCCCCUUCUCUCCUUUCACCCCCUCGAUGUGUGUGUUUUACUGUGGAAGCCAGAAGUGAAGCCCUUUUUUUCCCACUUGUAUCUCUACCUAGCUAGUGGAAUGCCUACCUAUUCGGCCGUUGCAAUACAUACGGAACUGCAGAGGUAUACACAUGUAUACAUGCAUAUAUAUAUGUAUAAGUACUGCUGUUUGUUGUAUGAGUGGAUGUCGUUGUGUAAGUUUUGAAUUGUGCUCAUUAAUUAAUCGGUAUUACAGUUGGUGAUCA